UAAUCCACGCCCCACCGCUUGUUUAACCUCGCCAAGCGUUCUUAGAAAACCGAAAGAAAUACAAUAGGAGGCAUGUAUAAAAGGGCGUUAAUCAACUUCAGACUAACACCGCAGCUGAGCACACCAUGACUUCCACACUGUUCCGCGCGCUCCUCGCCGUACUCGUGGUCGGACUGUUGGUCGGCCAAAGUGACGCCUGGCGCCGCCGCCGCCGCCGUCGCCGCUGCCCGAACCCCACCGACGCACUCUCGGGUGCGCAGACCGCGUGGGACGCCACAUUCAUGUUCGAGUGUCCGGGGGCUCAGGUCAUUAGGCGCAUCAGGAGCGCCCAUUGUAACACGGUAGAAGAUCGGGUCUGGCGGUUCGAGUGUGGCACUGUGCCCGGCGUCUCGCGCUUUGACGAGGCCUUCUGGUCGGCCUGGCUCAACGAGUACAACGGCGUCAUGAACUUCCAGUGUCCGUUCAACGCCAUCGUCACCGGCUUCAGGAGCGAGCACAGGGGCAAUGACCGUAAAUGGAAGCUGAAGUGCUCCAAGGUGAACGGCAUGACGACAUUCAACCACGCCCAGUCCAACUAUGCAAAUGAGUUUGACCUUCCCGGUGACUACACCGUACCCAGCGGCUACUACCUCAGGGGCAUGCACAGUUUCCAUGACGGCAGGCGCGGGGACCGGCGUUACCAGUACCAGAUCUGCUUGAUCGACCUGCCCUAAAUCCAGACGCCAGCUGCUGUAAAACGUAGCGAAAACGCUGCAUUGCAUGACCAACCUGUAUUUUUGUAUCACAAUUUCUAAGAAUUUGUUCGUAUUUUAUGUUUGUGCGGCGCUAACAACAAAUGGCAUUUUGUUUUGCCUUUCAUGGUCCAUGUACGGAAUAUUUGUAUAAUUGCGCAGGGCUCGUGGAAGUUCCUCCCUAAAACUGAGGUGUGUAGACUAGCAGUAGUAUUUCUGGCAAUGAGCAAAGCAAUCCUUACUAGUAUGCUAGUAGUGUAAGUCAUCAACUUUUCCGUGACUGUGCCAUCUCUCUCUAGUGUAAGCUUCCAAUGAUGUUAAAUGCCAUGACGUGAAGUUAAUCUGAUUAACGAUUGCAAUAUAUAGUCUUCCCAUAAAGUGCACGCAUGAUAUAUUGCAGGCAUAUUGUUAUUUUGUGUAGAAAGUGUUGUUUUUAAUUUGUUUUGACUGUUUAUCGAUAUCGUUGUUCAGGACUUAAAGCCAGUAAAUUAUACACUUCAGUGACACGUUUAUAAUUAGAUCUAAGUUGUUAUUAGUUGCCCCAGAGUGCGCCGUCCAGAGUUGCUAGCAGACACUUGUGAAACUGUACCUUUUAGUGCAACCACCUGAUUAAUGUUACUGUGAAUGCUUUAUCAGUUUUGAAUAAAUUUUUUCUUU